AUGUCCUGGAACACUAUCCCCCAGUUCCUGUCCUUUGUAGCUAACCUCGACCCGGACGACGAUGAGCCUACCGGUCCCCCCCCAGGAUCCCCACCAACAUUGAAGUAUGAAGGUCCCUGGUUCAUCACCCAGAUCAUCUUCUCCACUACCAUUGGUUUGCUGUCCUUUCUUAUCUUCUCAUACUCUCGCACAAGGUGGCCCUUGGUCUUUGCUCCUCGGACAAAACUGACAGGGUUCUCUCCUCAUGAGGCGCAUGCGCACCAGGCUUUUUUUGGGUGGAUUCUCCCUACCAUUCGAACAUCUGAGUUUACUGUGCUUCAGAUAGUCGGUCUCGAUGCUGCCGUGCUCCUCAAUUUCUUUAAGAUGUCCUUCUACUUCUUCUCUGUAUGCUCUGUCUUUGCUGUACUUGUCCUCAUGCCUAUCAACUUGAAGAACAACAUCGACAUUGGUGAUGGCCACGAUGACGAAGACGGUUGGAACUCUGCCUCACCUUUAGAUCCACAGCCUCCACACGACUGGCUCGACCUCAUCAGCGACGCCAACUCUUACCUGUCCGUUCACCUGCUGUUCACAUAUCUCUUCACCAUCUUUGCUCUGUAUUUCGUCUACCAGAACUACAAACGCUUCAUUCGCGCUCGCCAGCUGUUCUCGCUUGAGCUCGUGCACUCGAUACCCGCUCGUACAGUCAUGGUCACACAUAUUCCUCCGCAUCUCCGUGGCGAGCGAACCUUAGCUGAAUAUUUCGAGAACAUGGGUCUGACCGUUGAGGGUGUCACCAUCUGCAGAGAGGUGGGGUCGCUGAAGAAGUUAUUGGACCUGAGGACAGCAGCUCUUUUCCGCUUGGAAGCUGCUUGGGUUAAGUACGUUGGAAACCCGUGCGUUGCAGAGCUUGGUCGUCCUGCGGAAGAGGAUACAGGACGAUUAGUCGACGUAGAUGAUGCGUCGGUGGAAGCUCAACCGGAGCAACUUGUGGUACCUAGCCGCAAACGGCCCACACUUCGCGUUGGCUGGUUUAAACGGAGGGUCGACGCCAUCGAUCACUUGGAGACCCAGUUCAAAGCCGCGGAUGAUAUGGUUCAGAAGCGCAGGAGGACUGGUAAAUUCAAAGCUACGCAUGUGGCGUUUGUGACGUUUGAGAAGAUGUCCAGUGCUCAAAUAGCGGCGCAGACUGCCCAUGCUCCAAAUCGCUCCGAGUGCAUAACACAUUUUGCGCCUGAACCACGUGACAUUGUGUGGUCGAAUAUCAGCCAUUCGCCUACCUCACUGCGAGUAAGGGAUUGGAUCGUGCGGGGCUCUAUGGGACUUCUCCUCUUUUUCUGGGUCAUUCCCAUCACCGGUCUCGCAAGUUUGAUGAGUUACAAGGAAAUUAAGAAAGCCAUGCCCUGGUUGGGGCAAUUGAUUGAUGCCAAUCAACAAAUACGGGCCAUCGUGCAGAAUUCGCUACCUUCCGUCGCCAUGAUUAUGCUCAACGCUCUGCUACCCUUUUUGCUGGAAGCACUUACCUAUGUCCAAGGAUUUCCUGCUCGCAGUCUCGUUGAAUACUCUCUACUCAAGAAAUAUUUCCUCUUUCUAUUGAUCAAUGUUGUCUUCAUAUUCCUUUUGGCCAGCACUUAUUGGCAACUUGUCAGGGAUCUGGCGAGCUCUCCGGCCAAAGGUAUUGAGAAGUUAGCUGAUGCGUUAGCAGCCGGUCAAGCCAGGCACUUCUUCUUGUCAUAUGUCAUUCUGCAAGGUCUCGGCAUCAUGCCUUUGCAACUGCUCAAUCUAGGAGUACUCGUUCCACGGGUGCUCUAUCGUUUGCUGAUCACUCGGACGCCUCGAGACUUCGCUGAGCUGAACGCCCCUCCAACGAUCAACUAUGGUGUCGUUUAUCCUCAAGCGAUCCUGAUCUUCGUUAUCACAUUGCUCUACAGUGUCAUUCAACCUCUCAUUCUCGUAUUUGGCGCCUUCUACUUCGGUGUCGCCUAUGUGGUAUACAAGUAUAAGUUGCUCUUCGUAUUCUACAAGCCUUACGAAUCGCAAGGACAAGCGUGGCCUAUCACAUUUGCUCGGCUGAUAUGGGGCGUAGUCAUCUUUAUAGUCUUCAUGACAGGCAUCUUCAUCCUGAAGAAGUCAUUCGUGCUGGCUACUCUCCUGGCUCCCCUCCUUGCUGGGACCCUGCUCUGGUCUUGGAAUACCUAUAAGAUUUUUCGCCCACUUAGCAAGUACGUGAGCUUGAGCUCCGUCUUCGAGGUCCAAAGAGGAGAAGAUUCAGCCGAGGUCGUACGGCUGCGGGCAGGACAUCCUGUCAGUUGGUCUCAGAGUAAUCUGAAUCGCAGACGCUACGCUCAGAACGAAGAAAUACUGUAUGUCGCGCCUGAGGACGAUCGAACCGACUACUCUCAACCCCCAAUGGCAAACUGGUACAGCGGUGUAUUAAACACAGGGAAAAGGAGGUACGGGCAUCCAGCGGUCAACGGCGUGCUUCCUUUUCCUUGGCUUCCCAUGAGACAUGGACAAAAAGUCGCGGACGGCAGUCGCACAGCUUCAGACAAUCCAAGUGUAGCCGUUGUGCUUACCUUGCGGAGGAAGUUCAGUGUGCUGCGCAAGGAUGACCCCCAAACCGAUCGUAGGAAUGACCCAAUCAACCGGAGUGCGGGCGAUGCUGGGGAAGGCGUGCUUCAGUACGGACAGCAGACAUCCGUGGAUGAGAUGACCCAGAAUCCGUGGCUAGAAAGGGAGCAGCGACGAUAUCCAGUGCGCACGCCUGCGAUGACGCGUAGGCUGAGCUUUGAUCAAGGCUCCGGCGUCAUCGUUCUGCCUGAAGGCGAAGACUGGUUGGAAGAAGAUGCUACUGAUUCGGAUGAAGAUCAUGGUCUUCCGGCCGUGCUCGCAGAUUCGCAACAAUCACAUCCAUCGCGUCAAGCGAGCGACGACCAACAAUCUGCUACGUUACCGGCAAGGCGGUAUAGCACAUAUUAUCACCACCCGGAACGACGUCGACAAACAUAUGCACGAGUGGGAUAG